AUGGCAGAGGAGAAGAAGAAAAAGGAAGAAAAGGAGGAAGAUCCGUGUUCGGCGUUCGCCGGACGGUACGUGAUCAAGACGAUGCGGCUCAAGGACGAAAAGUGGCAGAAGCUGAUCGGCAACGAAGAGCUACGGACGAUCGUUAUGGACUGGGUGCUGCAUCCCGGUGUUAUGAAGCUGUUCAUCACGCUCAACAACGCGGGUGCACUCGUGCCUACCUACCACUUUCCGUCCAACGCCAAAGGCAAGAUUUGUUACUUCGUCAAGAUUUCCGAGGCGGCACUGGACAUCGCGAAAAUUCGUGAGCAAUUGAUUUAUGGUGACCUCACGCCAAAUCCAAUCGACGAUCUCUCAAUUUUGGUCGAUGAAAUCUUCUACCCGAUGAUCAACAAUCCCCAAAACCAGGAAGGUUGGCCGACGGCCAUCGUCAAGGAUAUCGACAACCACGUUCAAGAGCUACGCAACAUCAUUUCAGAGGUAAAAGGCAACAUCAUAAAUCAAACGCUCCUCCCGAUGCCCAUUUCCAUCGAUAACAUUAUGCAAGUCGGCGAGGAGGUUCUUCAAGGCAACAUCGAUGCGUGCAGUCUGAAGAUGAAAAACUCGCUAGAGGGUAUCGUCAUUAAGUGGGCGUGCCAGAUCAACGAUGUGCUGAAGGAGGACUCGUCGCAGGCGUUCAAGGAUGGCCACCAUCCGACGCCGGUAGAGGAGAUUACUUUCUGGGAAUCGCGGCAGAAAAAUCUACGCAACAUCUACGCCCAGCUGACGGAGCCAAAGUCGCGCCAAAUCGGUGUCAUUCUGGAGGGCAUCGAUUCCGUAUACUCCACCUCGUUCAAGUCGACCUUCAAAAGCGUGGUUCAAGCGGUCCACGAAGCGGAUGACAUCUCACUCUACCUGAAACCGCUGCGGAAAACAUUCGAAACGUUUGAAAGCACCGACUUUAUCGACUCGGCGGAAAUGAUCUCACCGAUGCUUCAUCUUGUGUGCCUGGUUUGGGCCAACUCGUGCUACUAUGGUAUCAACGCCAGAAUGGUGAAUCUCUUCAAAAUGAUAAGCAACAUGGCCAUUUCAGAAGCGACGAAAUCGCUUGAUCCGGGCUCCCUUUUCCAGGGAGAGGUCGAUGAGUCGCAGAUCAAAAUAAGUCACAUUAUUGAUACACUGGAAUUUUACAAGUCGGAGUUCAGUGAUUUUCGCUCGCGGCUGUCGGAGUACGAGAAACCCAACACCCAGCCCAUAUACUGGACCUUCCGCCCCCGAGACGUCUUCGAGCGGCUCGACAUGUAUAUCGUGCGACUGAACGAGAUCAAGGACAUCUUCAACACGGCUGCCGAGUUCAAGAAGCUGGAAAAGGUGGAAAUCGGUGGCCUGCGAGGACGAGCGAUAAGUCGUAAAAUUCAGGAAAUUUACGACGACUACAAUAAACUCUACCAGCGCUGGGGAUCGAUCCAGUACGACCCACUGGACCCGGAUCCCCGCGUGAAAGGGUUCCAGCGGGACCGGCAGAGAUAUUUGGAGAAAGCGAGCGUGCUCGAGCGACGUCUUGCGGCCCAGUUUGUCAUUGCCUUCGAGGAGUGCUCCAAUGUGGAACAGCUGAUGAAACUUGUACAGGUGUUGGGUAGUCUGCUCAACCGACCGCUCAUUCGGCCAGAUUGUGCAAUGAAAGUGUCCAGCAUAGUGGAUCUGUUCGAGGACGACAUUGCAGUGGUGCAAACUAUCUACGAGAAGGGCGUGGAAGAGUACAACAGUCGUGGACUUAACGGGAUUCCCAUCGACGAUGGGUUUCCACCAGUUGCCGGGGCCAUAGCCUGGGUGCAUAAGCUUCGCGACCGUAUUCGAAAACCAAUUUCCGAGCUGGCGAUGAUUGAACUACCGAUUUUCGAGCACGAAAAAGGAAAACGCGUGUUAUAUCGAGUGGACCAGCUAAAAGAACAACUGGAGGAAUUUGAACAGCAGCUGUUUAGUAAUUGGGUUGCCGACGUCACCAAACACAUCGAGAACUACAUGAGUAAAUCACUGCUUAGUCGAACUGACGCACGCUUGUUGGACAUGAACUUCAAUCAGGUCCUUCAAACCAUCAUGGCGGAGGUACGCUAUCUAAAAUGUAUGGCCACAGGAAACAUACCGGACAAAGCACUGCAAUUUUACGCCUCUGGUGAAGCUCUCUGGGCUGCUAGAAUGAAGUUGUCGCGCAUUGUCGAAUGGUACAACGAAAUAUGCAAAAACAGCGCGUCAUGUGAGUUCGAGUUGAUUCAAAAGGAAAUCGAUGAAAUCGAUACCAUUCUGGAGGAGGCCUGCUCUGGAAAAAUCGACUGGAACAAUUUCCAACAAACGUUCAUCGAUGGACUUUACGAAAAGUUGUACAAUUUGCACUCGCGUGUUCUGAAGGCCCAAGCAAACGUGAAGAAAAUACAGGCCAGCAUCCGGAGCUGGGGUAAGACACCGUUAUACGAGCGUCUCAAUGGCGAUACCAGUUCGCUCAUCAACAUAGAGAACCGUGCAUUGAUAGUCCAGCGCCGUCUGGAAGCCUGUUUGGACACGAAGAAGCUCAUCGACAAGGUUAUGGAUGAAAAUUUCAAGCUAUACUUUGACUAUCUGGUUGCGUUAAGCGAAGAAAAAAUGACCUCUACCAGCGAUACCGGAUCGAAGCGGAAAAGUAGCCUUAUUGACAUGACCUCCGAGCAACGGGAACCGCAACCAGAAAGUGUUGCAAUCGAAGUGCAGGAGAUGGAAGAAGAACAGUCUGCAGCAGACACGCUAGACGACGUUCCAUCGUUAGAUCAAUCGGAGUUGAGCAAGACAAUGUCACAACUCGAACUGUUCCGACCGUACGAGGAGUACGUGGACUCGAUCGUUUCCAAGGAAAUUAUGGACGCGGUACACCUUAGCGUGAAGUACAUCAAAUUUGAAAUGGAAAACCGCCUUGGCCACAAUCAACCCAUAUUCGAGAUCAAGUACGAACUGCAUCCACCGGAAACACGGUUCUAUCCCUCGCUGGACCCAUACGAUCCGGACGGUUUCUUUGCGCUCAUCGAGAGCAUGAUCACGGACAUCUAUUGUAUGUCGGAUAUGAUUCCACGCGUUGCUCAACCUCCGGAAAACGAGCGGUUGGACGAAGACGGCAAUGUUUGUCUGGAAACGUACAUUUCUCAUCUUGGAAAUAAUGAUGGCAUCGAGCGUAUGAAACAUUCCAUUAUGCUCAUGGUCAUUCAAUCGACCAGGGACGCUGAGAAGUACGUUAAGCAGUUCGACAACUACAACUACCUCUGGCUCGACGAUAAGCACAGCGUUCUAGCGCAGUUUCUAAAGUAUGGGCGACCGCUGACCCAGGACGAGAUGGAAAUGCUGCUGUCGGCGGAGACCCCGCUCAAGGAAGUGGCUCCGACGCUGGAUCAAUUCAAGGCUCAGAUCGAUAGCUACAUAGAUCUGUUUGACGAAGUCUACCAGGCCGAAGUGUCGCACGUUUUCGACACGUGGUUGUUGGUAGAUUUUCGCCACUUCAAACACAAGCUACUCCACGAGAUUGGCACCUGGUCGAACAUCUACAAGCAGACGCUCAUCGAUCGGGUGGUGAUGAGCCUGCAAAAGCUGGAAGAGUUUAGCAUCGAGUGCGAUGAGGUGCUCGGGAUGGACGCUGCCGAGGAAGAUUUCCCCACGCUGCUGAAAAUUCUCUCCGUGCUGAACAAAAUCAAGGAACGCGAAGCGGCCACCGACAACAUGUUCGAGCCACUGAAAGCUACCGUCGACUUGCUCAAGACGUACAACGUCGAGUUCAACGAAACGGUCUACAAACAGUUCACCGAGCUGCCCGAGCGAUGGUUGCACAUGAAAAAGACGGCCCAGAAGGUGCGGGAAAAGAUCGCACCGGCCCAGGCGUAUCAGGUGGAUCUCAUCCGCAAGCGCAUCAGCCUGUUCGACAUUCGCAUGAAGCUGUAUCGUGACGGGUUUAAGAAACUGUCGUGCUUCAAGGUACCGUGCAAGAAUGUGUACGAAAUCUGUGAUCAGGUCAAUCUGGAGCUGAACAUCAUGGAGACACAGCUGAAGAAUCUAACCGAUUCGGCGGGACUGUUCGAGCUCAGUCCACCGGACGACACGAAGCUUCGGCUGUGCCGGAAGGAAGUGAAAAUGUUGAAGCAAAUCUGGGACUUUGUGUACAGCGUGGAGUCGUGCGUGAACGACUGGAAGAAGACGUCCUGGAAAAAAAUCGACGUCGAGGCAAUGGACGUCGAGUGUAAGAACUAUGGCAAGCAAAUCCGUCAGCUGGACAAAGAUAUGCGAAACUGGGCACCGUACCUGCACCUGGAAGCGAUUCUAAAGAACCUGAUGACCUCUUUGCGAGCCAUUACCGAGCUGCAGAAUCCGGCCAUCCGUGAACGCCAUUGGUUCGAGCUUAUGCACGCAACAAAGCUGAUUCAAACAUACGGAAAGGAAAUGCUGGUUCGUUUCCAAAUGGUGGACUCCACCACGCUGGCCGAUUUGCUCGAGCUAAACCUGCACAACUACGAGGAGGAAGUGAAAACGAUUGUCGAUAAAUCGGUCAAAGAGAUGGCGAUGGAAAAAAUGCUGCACGAUCUCGAAAUUGCCUGGAAGGAUCUGGCGUUCGAGUUCGAAUCCCACGAGCGCACCAAUUUAAAGCUGCUCAAGGUGUCGGAGGAGGUCAUCGAAAUGCUGGAAGAGAAUCAGGUGCAGCUACAGAAUCUGCUGUCCUCCAAGUACAUCGCCUACUUCCUGGACCAGGUCUCCCGGUGGCAGCUGUCCCUUUCGAACGCGGAUCAGGUUAUUACGGCCUGGUUUGAGGUUCAGCGCAAGUGGAUGUAUCUGGAGAGUAUCUUCAUUGGCUCGGAGGACAUUCGCAACCAGCUGCCGGAUGACUCGAAGCGUUUCGAUGACAUCGACCGGGAGUUCAAAUCGCUGCUGGCCAUUAUCUUCGCCACCCCCAAUAUAGUGAAGGCAACCAACCGACCGGGUCUGUACGAGAAACUGGAGGGACUGCUCGAUCAGCUUAUCCUGUGCGAGAAGGCACUGAAUGACUAUCUGGAAACAAAACGGUUGGCGUAUCCCCGGUUCUACUUCGUGUCGUCGGCCGACUUGCUGGACAUCCUAUCGAACGGUAACCAGCCGGAAAUGGUGGCCAAACACCUAACGAAACUGUACGACUCCAUCGCCAAGCUGCGGUUCGAAAAGGGAUCGUCCAAGAUGGCCCUCGGGAUGAUUUCGAAGGAGAACGAAGAGUUCGUCGCUUUCAAGGAUCCGUGCGAUUGCGACGGAAAGGUUGAGAUCUGGCUGAACCGCAUCACCGAUUCGAUGCGCGUAACGCUGCGUGAUCUUUUCGAGCGGUCCGUGUCGGCUUACGAAGAAAAGCCUCGUGAUGCGUGGAUCUUUGAUUGGCCGGCCCAGCCAGCCCUGUGUGCCACACAAAUUUGGUGGACGACGGAGGUGAACGUGGCGUUCGCAAAGUUGGAAGAGGGUUACGAAAAUGCCCUCAAAGACUACCAGAAGAAGCAAAUCCUCCAGCUGAACGCGCUUAUCAUUCUUCUUUGCGGAGACCUAAGUCAGGGUGAUCGGCAGAAGAUCAUGACCAUCUGCACGAUCGACGUACACUCGCGAGACGUGGUGGCCAAAAUGAUCCAGCAAAAGGUCGAAACUGGCCAAGCGUUCCAAUGGCAAAGCCAACUACGUCACCGAUGGGACGACACGCUGCAGGACUGUUUCGCAAACAUUUGUGAUGCCCAGUUCCGGUACGAUUACGAGUAUUUGGGAAAUACACCACGUUUGGUAAUCACUCCUCUUACGGACCGUUGUUACAUCACCUUGACGCAGUCUCUGCAUUUAAUCAUGGGCGGUGCACCGGCCGGUCCUGCCGGAACAGGAAAAACGGAAACGACGAAAGAUCUUGGCCGUGCGCUCGGUAUCAUGGUGUACGUGUUCAACUGCUCCGAGCAGAUGGACUAUAAAUCGUGUGGCAACAUCUACAAAGGAUUAUCGCAGACCGGUGCCUGGGGUUGCUUCGACGAGUUCAAUCGUAUCUCGGUGGAGGUGCUGUCCGUGGUGGCGGUACAGGUUAAAUCGAUUCAGGACGCAAUCAAGGGAGGGAAAAAGUAUGCAACCCUUAGCGAUAGUAAGGGCAAGAAAACCAUAUUUAACUUUAUGGGCGAGACCAUUUCGCUCGUGCCCACCGUGGGAAUUUUCAUCACGAUGAAUCCCGGGUACGCCGGACGCACGGAGCUACCGGAGAAUCUGAAGGCGCUGUUCCGCCCCUGCGCCAUGGUGGUGCCGGACUUUGAGCUCAUUUGCGAAAUCAUGCUCGUCGCCGAGGGCUUCCAGGAAGCUCGGUUGCUGGCGCGUAAGUUUAUUACCCUUUACACGCUGUGCAAGGAGCUCCUGUCGAAGCAGGACCAUUACGACUGGGGCCUGCGUGCCAUCAAGUCGGUGCUGGUGGUGGCCGGAUCGCUGAAGCGGAGUGACCGUGAGCGACCUGAAGACCAGGUCCUGAUGAGAGCGUUGCGUGACUUUAACAUCCCCAAAAUUGUUACCGACGAUGUGCCGGUGUUCAUGGGACUCAUCGGCGAUCUUUUCCCGGCGUUGGACGUUCCCCGAAAACGUUCGCCGGAUUUCGAAAAGCUAAUCCGUCGGUCUACCCAGGAGAUGAAGCUUCAGCCGGAGGAUAACUUUAUCCUGAAGGUGGUACAGCUGGAGGAGUUGUUCGCCGUGCGCCACUCGGUGUUUAUUGUCGGCAACGCGGGCACCGGUAAAACGCAAGUGUGGAAGGCACUGUUUAAGACAUACCAAAACCAAAAGCGCAAGCCGCACUUCAACGACCUAAACCCGAAGGCGGUCACCAACGAUGAGCUGUUUGGAAUUAUCAACCCGGCGACGAGAGAGUGGAAAGAUGGGCUGUUUUCGGUGAUCAUGCGCGACCAGGCUAACAUGCCCGGCACGGGACCGAAGUGGAUAGUGCUCGACGGUGACAUCGACCCCAUGUGGAUCGAAAGCUUGAACACGGUUAUGGACGACAACAAGGUGCUCACGCUUGCCAGCAACGAGCGUAUCGCUCUCACCAAGGAGAUGCGUCUUCUGUUUGAAAUUUCUAACCUCCGAACUGCGACCCCCGCCACGGUAUCACGAGCCGGCAUCCUGUACAUCAACCCACAGGAUCUCGGCUGGAAUCCGUUCGUUGCCUCGUGGAUUGACUCGCGUGAGACGCAGGCCGAAAAGGGUAUCCUUUCGGUUUUGUUCGAUAAGUACAUUCCUCCGCUGAUGGAUGCGCACGGACGCUUCAAAAAGAUCACCCCAAUAUCCGAGAUUGCAAUGAUCCAGAUGACUUGCCACCUGUUGGAUUGUUUGCUGACGCCCCAGAACCUUCCACCCGAGUGCCCGAAGGAGUGGUACGAGGUAUACUACGUGUUUGCCGUCAUCUGGGGCUUCGGGUCGGCGCUGUACCAGGAUCAGAUGGUGGAUUGGCGCAACGAGUUCCACAAGUGGUGGAUUAACGAGUUCAAAGCGAUACGCUUUCCGCCGGGUGGUACCAUUUUCAGCUACUACAUCGAUCCGGAAACGAAAAAAUUCAACCCCUGGACGGAUUUGGUGCCGACGUUCGAGCUGGACACCGAUAUACCGCUCCAGUCGAUGCUGGUUCCGACGACGGAAACGACACGCCUCCGGUGGUUUAUGGACAUACUGAUUGAGCAGCGACAUCCGGUCAUGCUGGUUGGUGGUGCUGGAUCUGGUAAAAGUGUCAUCGUGGCGGACAAACUGAGCAGCCUGUCGUACAAGUACGCAGUGACCAAUGUACCGUUCAAUUUCUACACCACCUCCGAGAUGCUGCAGCGUGUGCUCGAGAAACCACUGGAGAAGAAGGCCGGCCGGAACUACGGCCCGCCAGGUAACAAGACGAUGGUUUACUUCGUGGAUGACAUGAACAUGCCGGAGGUCGACACGUACGGUACCGUCCAGCCGCAUACGCUGAUACGCCAGUUCAUGGACUAUCACCACUGGUACGAUCGGGCAAAGCUCUCGCUGAAGGAUAUCCACAAUUGCCAGUUUGUGUCGUGCAUGAACCCAACGGCCGGCUCGUUUACGAUCGAUCCACGAUUACAGCGUCAUUUCUGCGUGUUUGCGGUCAGCUUUCCGACUGGCGACCCGUUGUACCACAUUUACUACUCGGUCUUGUCGCAGCACCUCUCGAAUCCAUUGAACAAAUUCAACUUGGCGACGCAGAAAAUCUGCGCCGCCUUGGUCACCUGCGCGCUGAACUUGCACACCAAGAUGGGCCAGAUGUUCCUUCCGACCGCGAUCAAGUUUCAUUACGUGUUCAACAUGCGCGAUUUGGCGAACAUCUUCCAAGGGAUGCUGUUUGGUAACGGAGAAACGUGUCAGGAACCGAACCAGCUGAUUCGACUCUGGGCUCACGAGGCCACCCGUGUGUAUGGGGAUAAGCUCUUGGAAGAGCGGGACAUUGACAACUUCAAUAAGCUCGUCGUAGACGUGGUGAAGAAAUCGUUCGAGGAAAUAGACGAAACCAAGGUGUUCUCGAAGCCCAUAAUCUAUUCGCACUUUGCCGAGGGCUUGGCCGAUCCCAAGUAUAUGCCGGUACAGAGCUGGGAGUCGCUCAACAGAACUCUGGAAGAAGCCCAAGCCAACUACAACGAACUGGUCGGUGCUAUGAAUUUAGUUCUGUUCGAGGACGCAAUGAGCCAUAUCUGUCGCAUCAGCCGCAUUCUGGAGGGUCCGCGGGGCAAUGCGCUACUGAUCGGUGUGGGCGGUUCCGGCAAGCAGUCUCUGGCGCGCCUUGCCGCCAGCAUUGCAGGAUUGGAGGUAUUUCAAAUCCAGCUGAGAAAGGGCUACGGCAUCGCGGACCUAAAGACGGACCUGGCCGUGAUGUACAUGAAGGCUGGUGUUAGAAAUGUUCCCUGCAUGUUCCUGAUGACGGACGCGCAGGUGGCCGAGGAAGCGUUCCUGGUGUUGAUUAACGAUCUGCUAGCGUCGGGAGAAAUUCCCGAGCUUUUUGCGGAGGAUGAAAUCGAUAACAUCAUCAAUGCGUUACGGAACGAAGUGAAGCAGUUGGGCAUAAUGGACACGAAGGAAAACGUCUGGAAGUAUUUCAUCGAGAAGGUACGCAAGUCGUUGAAGCUAGUGCUAUGCUUUUCACCGGUUGGAUCGACACUGCGCGUCCGGGCUCGUAAAUUCCCCGCCAUCGUGAACUGUACCGCAAUUAAUUGGUUCCACGAAUGGCCAAAGAAUGCACUGGAGUCGGUUUCGAUACGAUUCCUGUCGGAGGUAGAAGUUUUGCCCCCGGAACUAGUAGAACCGAUUGCCGUGUUCAUGUCCUAUGUGCACGGUACGGUUAAUGAAAUGUCUCAGACAUAUCUUCAGAAUGAACGACGUUAUAACUAUACGACACCGAAAUCGUUUCUGGAGCUGAUUUCACUGUACGCCAAGCUACUCACGGACAAAACACUCGAGCUACACGAACGAAUCCAUCGCCUGGAAAGUGGUAUCCUGAAACUGGCCGAGUGCGCUAAGCAGGUCGAUUCGUUGCAGCUGCAACUGGCCGAUCAGGAGAUUGUGCUGAAGGUUAAAAACGAGGAAGCGGAUAAGCUGAUUAAAGUGGUCGGUGCCGAGAACGAGAAGGUAAAGAAGGAGAAAAGUAUUGCCGCCGAGGAGGAGCUGAAGGUGCGCGUGAUCGAGGAAGAUGUCGGUGCGAAGGCAAAGAUAUGCGAGGAGGACCUACGGAAGGCGGAACCGGCACUGCUCGCGGCUCAGGAGGCGCUGGAUACGCUGGACAAAACGAACCUAACCGAACUGAAGUCGUUCGGGUCGCCGCCGGAUGCUGUGGUGAACGUGUGCGCUGCGGUCCUGGUGCUGUUCUCUCCGAAGGGCAAAAUCCCAAAGGAUCGAAGCUGGAAGUCGUGCAAGAUGAUCAUGAACAAGGUGGAUGUUUUCUUGAACGAUCUCCUCUACUACGACAAGGAACACAUUCAUCCUGACGUGAUCAAGGCGCUGCAGCUGUACUUGAAGGAUCCGGAGUUUGAUCCGGACAAGAUUCGGGCCAAAUCGAUCGCUGCGGCCGGCCUAUCCGCCUGGGUCAUCAAUAUACAUAAGUUCUACGAGGUGUACCAGGUGGUCGAACCGAAGCAGCGUGCCCUCAACGAGGCGCAGACGGAGCUGAAGGAUGCGCAGGAUAAACUGAUGGAGCUGACGACGAAGAUUACCGAGCUGGAGGACAAGCUGGGAGUGAUCCAGGCGGCGUUUAACAACGCGCUGGCCGAAAAGCAAAAGUGCCAGGAUGAGGCCGACAAGACCGCCUUUACCAUCGAUCUGGCGCAUCGUUUGGUGAACGGACUGGCAUCGGAGAAUGUGCGAUGGCGGGAAUCGAUAGCCACGCUGAAGGGUCAAACGGUGACCCUGCCGGGUGAUGUGCUAUUGAUUGCUUGCUUUAUCAGCUAUGUCGGUUGCUUCACCAGACGAUACCGCGUCGAGCUGCAGGAAAAACUGUGGAUUCCCACAUUCCGCAUGUCGCGGCCGAUGAUACCGUUCACGGAAGGUGUCGAUCCACUGAGUUUGAUCUGCGACGACGCCAUGAUCGCCUCCUGGAACAACGAGGGUCUACCGUCAGAUCGUAUGUCGGCCGAGAACGCUACCAUACUGACGUACUCCUCACGUUGGCCACUGAUGAUCGAUCCACAACUACAAGGUAUCAAGUGGAUCAAGCAGCGAUACGGAGACGAGUUGACGGUCCUAAGGCUUACGGCACGGGGGUAUCUGGACGCGAUCGAGAAGUGUGUAGUAAAUGGGAAGAUCUUGCUUAUCGAAAACAUUGGUGAAACCGUCGAUGCCGUGCUGGACCCGCUGCUCGGUCGAAUGUUGGUCAAGAAGGGGCGCUGUCUGCGGAUGGGUGAAAAAGAGAUCGAUUACAACCCUUCGUUCCAGCUCAUCCUGCAGACGAAGCUGGCCAACCCGCACUACAAACCGGAAAUGCAGGCGCAAACCACUCUCAUCAACUUCACCGUCACGCGCGAUGGCUUGGAGGAGCAACUGCUCGCGGAAGUGGUCAAGGCAGAACGGCCCGAUUUGGAGAAGCAAAAAGCGGACCUAACGACGGAACAGAACAAGUUUAAGAUAACACUCAAGCUGCUGGAGGACGAUCUGCUCAGUCGCCUUUCGUCGGCCGGCGAAAACGUGCUCGAGGACGCAUCGCUCGUACUGAACCUAGAGAAGACGAAGAAGACAGCCGCCGAGGUGGAGGUGAAGGUGCGCGAGAGUAGGAAAACGUCCCAGCAGAUUGAUGUGGCGCGUGAAAGCUACCGAGCGGCCGCGGAACGUGCCUCCAUACUGUACUUCAUCCUGAACGACUUGCACAAGAUCAAUCCCAUCUAUCAGUUCUCGCUGAAGGCGUUCACGACGGUCUUCAAGGAUGCCAUCGCCAGGACGGCUCCGGCCGACCGGUUGAAGGAACGUGUCACCAACCUGAUCGAUUCGAUAACGUUCGCCGUGCAUAUGUACACCACACGGGGCCUGUUUGAGAAGGAUAAACUCAUAUUUAUGGCCCAGAUGGCAAUCCAGAUACUGCUGCACGCCAAGGAGAUCGAUCCGGUGGAGCUAGACUUUUUGCUGCGCUUCCCGUACCUGCCCAACCUGACGUCACCGUUCGACUUUCUGUCCAACAGCGGAUGGGGUGGCAUUAAGGCACUGGCGAACAUGGACGAGUUCCGGGCGCUCGACAAGGAUAUCGAAGGUUCGGCCAAACGGUGGCGCAAGCUGGUCGAAUCGGAGUGCCCCGAGCGGGAGAAGAUGCCCGGUGAGUGGAAGAACAAGAACGCGCUACAGCGACUCUGCAUCAUGCGCUGCCUGCGUCCGGAUCGGAUGACCUACGCCGUACGGUACUUUGUGGAGGAAAAGCUUGGCGCUCGGUAUGUGGAGGCCCGCACCGUGGAGUUUGCCAAGUCGUUCGAAGAGUCGAGCGCCUCAACUCCGGUGUUUUUCAUCCUUUCACCCGGUGUCGAUCCGCUGAAGGAUGUCGAAAAGCUGGGCAAGCGUAUGAAGUACUCGUCCGAUUAUGGCAACUUUUACAACGUAUCGCUCGGGCAAGGUCAGGAGGUGGUGGCGGAGGCAGCGAUGGAUGUGGCCUGUCGCGAUGGUCACUGGGUGAUACUGCAAAACAUUCACCUGGUGGCGAAGUGGCUGCCGACGCUGGAGAAAAAGAUGGAAGCGACUCAAGAAGGGGCGCACGCGAACUACCGCUUGUUUAUCAGUGGUGAGCCGGCGCCUUCGGCGGAAUAUCACAUCAUUCCCCAGGGCAUCCUGGAGUCGGCCAUCAAGAUCACCAACGAACCGCCGACGGGCAUGCUGGCGAAUGUGCACAAGGCGCUCGACAACUUCACCCAGGAAACGCUGGAGAUGUGUGGCAAGGAGGCCGAAUUCAAGGCAAUCCUGUUCUCUCUCUGCUACUUCCAUGCGGUGGUGGCCGAGCGCCGCAAGUUCGGCCCGCAAGGCUGGAACCGGGUGUACCCGUUCAACGUCGGUGAUCUCACCAUCAGCGUGUACGUGCUGUACAACUAUUUGGAGGCGAACAACCGCGUGCCGUGGGAGGACCUGCGGUACCUCUUCGGGGAGAUUAUGUACGGAGGGCACAUCACGGACGAUUGGGACCGUCGACUGUGCCGGACGUACCUGGAGGAGUUCAUGCAGCCGGAGCUGGUGGACGGCGAUUUGAACCUGUGCACCGGAUUCCCCGCUCCUCCGAACCUCGACUAUGCCGGGUACCACAGCUACAUCGAUGAUAAUCUGCCCUCGGAAUCGCCCCAUCUUUAUGGGUUGCAUCCGAACGCGGAGAUAGGGUUCUUGACCACACUUUCGGAGCAAGCGUUCCGGACCAUCUUCGAGCUGCAGCCACGCGAUUCGGGUUCCGCCAGCAGUGCCUCCAUCAGCCGCGAGGACGUCGUGAAGAACACCAUCGACGACUUUCUGGACAAGCUACCGGAGGAGUUCAAUAUGGUGGAACUGAUGGCGCGUGUCGAAGAUCGGACGCCAUUCAUCAUCGUCGCGUUCCAGGAGUGCGAGCGAAUGAACAUCCUCGUGCGUGAGCUGAAACGCUCGCUCCGGGAGCUGCUGCUCGGGCUGAAGGGCGAACUGACGAUCACCUCCGACAUGGAGCGGCUGGAAGAGGCCCUCUUCUUCGACCAGGUGCCGGACGGCUGGACCAAGCGGGCGUACCCGUCGAUGCACGGCCUGCAGUCCUGGUUCGCCGACCUGUUGAUGCGCAUCAAGGAGCUGGAGGCGUGGUCGAACGACUUCAACCUGCCCUCCUCGGUGUGGCUGGCCGGGUUCUUCAAUCCACAGAGCUUCCUCACGGCCAUCAUGCAGCAGACGGCGCGCAAAAACGAGUGGCCGUUGGACAAGAUGUGCCUGAGCUGCGACGUGACCAAGAAGUGGAAGGAGGACUUUAGCGCCCCGCCGAGGGAGGGUGCGUACGUGAACGGUCUGUUCAUGGAAGGCGCUCGCUGGGACGUGAACGUCGGCUCGAUUGCCAACUCGCUGAUGAAGGAGCUGUUCCCCCAAAUGCCUGUCAUCUACAUCAAAGCGAUCACGCAGGACAAGCAGGAGACGAAAAACAUUUACGAGUGCCCGGUAUACAAAACACGCAUUCGCGGUCCGACCUUCGUGUGGACCUUCAAUUUGAAAACGAAGGAAAAGUCGGCCAAAUGGACUUUGGGAGGAGUGUGUUUGUUGUUGCAAGUUUGAAAACGUGUGUGUUCGUUUAAAUUUCAC